AUGUUGGAGACCAGGAGUGACGACCUGUUCCUGCCCUCCUACCAAGACGAGGCGCUGGUGGACAACCUGCUAUGUGACGAGUCGGACCGCGGUGCAGGCCUCUCCCUGGCUGAGGCCCUGCUCCCCCUCGUAGAGUCCUCCUCCUCAACCCUCAUCAAUAGUGUCUGCUCCACCCGCUACAAGACGGAGCUCUGCACCAGCUACUCCGCCUCUGGUUUCUGCAAGUAUGCAGAGCGCUGCCAGUUCGCCCACGGUCUCCACGAGCUCCACGUUCCCUUCCACCACCCAAAGUACAAGACGGAGUUGUGCCGCGGCUUCCACAUGACUGGCUACUGCUUCUACGGCAGCCGCUGCCUGUUUGUCCACAGCAGAGCCGAGCAGCGGCCCACCCUGCGCCGCCGCAAGAACGUCCCCUGUCGCACCUUCUGCUCCUUUGGGGUCUGUCCCUUUGGCACCCGCUGCAACUUCCUGCAUGUAGAGGGCGGCGACGUCGGCAGCGGUGCGGAGUCGCUCCCCAUCAGCGAGGAGCCUCCCCUGCCCGUCUCCAGCCCCCAGCCCCUCCCACAGACCAAGGAGUGGAAGCCCCGUGGAGCUCUGUGCCGCACCUUCAGCUCCUUUGGCUUCUGCCUGUACGGCACGCGCUGCCGCUUCCAGCACGGCCUCCCCAACAAGAUUCAAGGGGGGUCCCAGUACUCUCAGCCGUACCCCGGCAGCUCCGGUUUACCGUCCCCCACCUCCCUCUUUGCCUCCUCCUCUCCACUCUCGUCCACCUCCUCUUCUCCUCCAUCAGCCUCUCCUCUUGCCACGCCGACUGAGGAGGCCACGGCCCACAAUGCCUUCACCUUCUCCAGUCAGCACCUCAGCGACCUGCUGCUGCCGCUGGCCAUCCGCUUGCAGCAGCUGGACUGUAGCAAGGGCCAGGAGAUCUGGGACAACCGGGCGCUCUAA